AUGGCUGGUCCUUCGAGUAAGAGGAUAAAGACUAUAUCUGUAAGCAGGCCCAUCAUUUAUGGUAAUACAGCCAGAAAGAUGGGUGAAACGAGGCCACCAAAUGCACCUGCAGAACAUACACACAUAUGGACAAUUUUCCUUAGAGGCCCACAGAAUGAAGAUAUAUCGUAUUAUAUCAAACAGGUAGUAUUUAAACUUCAUGACACAUAUCCGAACUCUACUAGAAUUAUUAAUGCACCACCGUUUGAGCUGACAGAGACUGGCUGGGGUGAAUUUGACAUAAACGUUAAAAUACAUUUUAUUGAGGAAGCUAAUGAAAAAGUACUAAGUUUCUACCAUAGACUGCGAUUACACCCAUAUGAUAUGACACAACCGAGCCAAGAAGAGAUUAAAUCGAUAUUUUAUGACGAGUUAGUGUUCAAUGAACCAAAUGAACAAUUUUUCCAAACAUUGAUGACCAAACCUGGCAACUUACUGCCAUCAAAUAAGACAGAUCAAUGUCCAUUCUCGAAACAAUUAGAAAUCGAAGAGAUAGAUAGAAUUAAUGAUGGUAUCAAAGAGGUUGAUAAACAGAUAGAAGAAUUAAAGGGAAAAGUUGCAGAAAAAUUAGAAGAAAAGCCAUAG